AUGUCUGGAGGCAAAGGAGGCAAAGCCGGUGGCGAGAAAGUCGCAAGCCAGUCCCGUUCAUCCAAGGCCGGUCUUCAAUUCCCUGUUGGUCGUAUCCAUCGACUGCUCCGAAAGGGCAACUACGCUCAGCGAAUUGGAGCUGGUGCUCCUGUCUACCUCGCCGCUGUGCUCGAAUAUCUGGCUGCCGAAAUCCUCGAAUUGGCUGGAAACGCUGCCCGUGACAACAAGAAGUCUCGAAUCAUUCCCCGUCAUCUCCAACUGGCCAUCCGAAACGAUGAAGAGCUGAACAAGCUCCUUGGCCACUGUGUGAUCUCACAGGGUGGUGUCAUUCCUCAAAUCCACUCCGAGCUGCUCCCAGCCAAGUCAAAAGACAAAGCUUCCAAGGUCUCCCAGGAAGUCUGA